AAGUUAUAUAGAUUGAUAGAUUACAUAUUUAAAGAGAGCUUUUCUUUAUAGCGCUUUUUCUAUUGCCAAAAUAAAAGAUUAAUGCUGUUUCGUAUGUUUCAGCUAUAUUAGAGUCUACAAAUUCAAUCCUAAUAGUCCAUGAUCUAAGCAAACCAGGUAUACAAUGACUUAUCCCCACCCAAACUACAAGCCUUUACCAAUGUAACAUUCUUAAGCAUAAAAUAUUAGUUAAUAUGACUCUAACUACACUGGUAGACUUUCCUCUGGUUGCAAAAUUAUAUUCUGCUUAACAAAAGUGCUAAAACUUAAAUACUCUGCUACUACCGAAGUAUCUCUAAACUUUUUUAAAAAUUUCUACUUACUUCUUAUUAUCAACAUAACAACUUUAUUGAAAUCAAGGAAAUUUCUAAUAUUAUAUUGCUAUUAUGUCUACUCCAGAACAAGAAGGUGAACCAGGGUUCUUGGAAGGAGACUGGGAUUCAAUUUUUGAUCUUGUGAAUGAAAGUUUCAUAAAUGAUGAUAGUGCUAAUGUUAAUGACGCAAAUGCAAAUCCAAAUCCAAAUUCAAAUCCAACCCAUUUGGUAGCUCACAAAAUUUAUGAUGCUGAACAAGAAGGUGAAGGUAAUAACAUUAUGACUAUGGAUGAGUUCCAAGUUCGUGUCCCUGAAAUCAUAAGAAACUUUAGAGAGAAUCGUGCAAAACGAAGACUUGAGGAUACUGAGACAGCGGCUAUUCCACCAAAUAUUAUACAACAAAUCCAACAAACUCAAGCAUUGAAAACCAUGUUUGGAAGGAACCAACAAUCAGAUGGUAAUGAGUUUGCUGGAAAUAUUGAUCCUCUUCAUACACAAGUGGCUUUACCUUAUGUUAAUAACUUUGCUUUUGAAGGUAACUCUUCCGUUCAAACUAAUAUCCCGAACUUGAUUAAUCAAAAUGAUAAUAUGUAUAAUGCAAUGGCCAAUACGUUUGAACAUGCUUUCAACGAAGAAGAUUUAGAAGCAUUUCUUAGAGAAUCAAACAAUGUUUUACAAUCAAAUGAUUAUCAACAAAGCUCUUCCAACUAUUUUCAAGAAGGCCCUUCAACAGAAUUUCAACAAGUAACUUCCAAUAAUUAUCAUCCUCCUACCACCUCCCAUGGUUCUGAUCAAACUUCAUCUGAAGGGUUAUAUCCACAAUAUACCAAUUUUGCCUAUGCUAACCAGAAUAAGAUUCCAAGUCACCAUAAAUCUGACUCUGCAACAUCUACAACAGCUAGCAAAAGUUCAUAUGAUAAAACUAAAGUGGUUAAAGGACAGAUGUAUCUUCUUCCUGAAGGUGAGGUUGAUAAGAAAGAACCGGCUGGGAGUAUACUUAUCAGUAGGAGUAUCAUUGACAAUGGUCAAGAUUCCAGUGAAGAAAUAUUACAAAGUGUUUAUGAUGAAUUUGCUGUUCAUUCUCAAAUUAUAAAUGAAACUUUUGAUUUUAGUGUACCAAGAAGAGAAGCAAAGAAGAUGGAUUGGACUCCAUCAACUAUUUUUAAAGCUUUCACUAAUGAAAAGACUCCACUUAAACAAAUGAAACAAGCAGCUGAUCCUACUAAACCAUUCCAUUAUUGGGAUUAUAGUCCUGAAAAUUGUUGCUUCGGUAAAAUCACCAUGAGACAAGAUCGUGCUUGGACAAGAAGUAGCAGAAAUAAGAAUAGAAGAAGUUAGGAAUAAUGAUUAAAAAUGACGAUAUAUACGUGUGUGUUUCCUGAUUAUUCACAUCAACUCUUUUUUUUAUUUAUCUACUAUUAUUAUUAUUAUUAUUAUUAUUUAUUUUGUU